CAGGAGGCUCAGAAGCCCCGGCCAUAAGAUGUUGUCUCUGCCGCCCAGCAGCGAGCGACAACAUCCCAGCCAGCCUCCGCUGGGCUUUCCGAGGCCCCACCCAUAGCAACGCCACACUGACGUCCGCGCGCCGGAGGCCGCCAUAGGCUCGCGUCGGAGCCCAGGACGACGUGUGGCGCGUGGACACCCAUCAGGUUCAGCCCUGCGGGAACCCGGCAGGCGUUUCCGGGCAAGGGUCUGUGCACCUGUUCCUUCCUUCUGCUCAAGUGUCUACCCCUUCUGGGAGAAAGGGGACGUGUCGGUCUCCAGAAAACAAGAAGCGCGGCAGCGAGCCUAGGUUAAGAACAGUGGGGAAGAUAAAGCCCAAAGCAAGAAGGUGCCUGGCACCUUAAAGCUGUUUGGAAGUUCACGUGACCCACUAAGUGCCGGGCCCCAGCAGUCAUGUGACGGCGCGCGCGCCCUCGCGCAGGGAGAGCCGGCUGGCGCUGUGCGCGCGCCUUCGCCGCUGCCUCCCAGCCCCUCAACGGGAGGGUGAGGAGCGGCGGAGUGCUCGGAAGACUGGGGCCGGGUGCGCGUGCGCAGCGAACAGCUGUCACCCAGUGCGGAACAAGUCUCCCAAAUUUCCCAAAUCUCCCUGGGCCGGAGGUCACCGUUUUCCUUCUUAUCUUCCUCCUCGGGGUCGUGUCCUCGCUCCCGCCCGCGCGCCAGAGGCUGCCCCAGCCAUCAUGGAGGUGGCCGAAGUGGAGAGUCCACUUAACCCCAGCUGUAAGAUCAUGACCUUCAGACCGUCCAUGGAGGAAUUCCGGGAGUUCAACAAAUACCUCGCGUACAUGGAGUCUAAAGGGGCCCAUCGAGCAGGUCUUGCAAAGGUGAUUCCUCCUAAAGAGUGGAAGCCAAGGCAGUGCUAUGAUGACAUUGACAAUUUGCUUAUUCCAGCACCAAUUCAGCAGAUGGUUACAGGGCAGUCAGGACUGUUCACUCAAUACAACAUCCAGAAAAAAGCCAUGACAGUGAAGGAGUUCAGGCAGCUGGCCAACAGUGGCAAAUAUUGUACUCCAAGAUACUUGGAUUAUGAAGAUUUGGAGCGCAAGUACUGGAAGAACUUAACCUUCGUGGCACCCAUUUAUGGUGCAGACAUUAAUGGCAGCAUAUAUGAUGAGGGUGUGGAUGAAUGGAACAUAGCUCGCCUAAACACAAUCUUGGAUGUGGUUGAGGAAGAGUGCGGUAUUUCUAUUGAGGGUGUAAAUACCCCUUACCUCUAUUUUGGCAUGUGGAAAACCACAUUCGCGUGGCACACGGAGGAUAUGGACCUCUACAGCAUUAAUUAUCUCCACUUUGGAGAGCCCAAGUCUUGGUAUGCAAUACCCCCGGAACAUGGAAAACGACUGGAAAGACUAGCUCAAGGUUUUUUCCCAAGCAGUUCUCAAGGAUGUGAUGCAUUUCUUCGCCACAAGAUGACACUGAUAUCUCCUUCAGUGUUGAAGAAAUACGGUAUUCCCUUUGACAAGAUCACCCAGGAGGCUGGAGAAUUUAUGAUCACUUUCCCAUAUGGCUACCAUGCUGGUUUUAAUCAUGGUUUCAACUGUGCAGAAUCCACAAAUUUUGCUACUGUCAGAUGGAUUGACUAUGGGAAAGUUGCUAAAUUGUGCACCUGCAGGAAAGACAUGGUGAAAAUUUCAAUGGAUAUCUUCGUGAGGAAAUUUCAGCCAGAUAGAUAUCAGCUUUGGAAGCAAGGAAAGGAUAUAUACACCAUUGAUCACACGAAGCCUACACCAGAAUCCACCCCUGAAGUAAAAGCAUGGCUGCAGAGGAGGAGGAAAGUAAGAAAAGCAUCCAGGAGCUUCCAGUGUACUAGCUCUCACUCUAAGAAGCUUAAGAAUGAGGAGGACGAGGAAGUGUCAGCUGCAGCUGCAGUUGAUGGGGCAGAGGGCCCCACUCCUGACCCAGACCCAGAUGACCUCAAGGACACGGAAAAGCCAGAAGAAGCAGUGAAACUAGGGAACACAGAAGUACCUUCAGAAAAAGAGGCCUCUGCUAGCAAGAUGCCGUUGGAUCACUGUUUAUCAGAUAACAGCAGACUCUCAGGAAACAUCUGCCUAAGCACAUCUAUAACAGAAGAAAUCAAAGCUAAGAAUGAUGAAACCUGUGCAAGUAUUCCACUUUCAAAUCCUGGUGAGGCUGACAAUUCCAUAUCUAGUGACCAUGUGACAUCUGAGGAAUCAGACCCACCCAAGCUUCCAUGGCCAAAGUCACCUGAGUCAUGCUCCUCAGUGGCAGAGAGUAACGGUGUUUUGACAGAGGGAGAAGAGAGUGAUGUGGAGAGCCGCGGGAAUGGCCUCGAACCUGGGGAAGUCCCAGGGGUCCCCAGUGGAGAGAGAAAUGGCUUCAAAGUCCCCAAUAGAAUAGAGGGAGAAACCAAAACUGCUAAAAGUUGGCGCCAUCCACUAAGUAAGCCUCCCGCAAGAUCCCCAAUGACUCUGGUGAAGCAGCAGGCAACGAGUGAUGAAGAGUUGCUUGAGGUUCCAUCGAUUGAGGAGGAAGUGGAAGAAACCGAGUCUUGGGCAAAGCCUCUGGUCCACCUUUGGCAGACAAAGUCCCUGAACUUUGUGGCUGAGCAGGAGUAUAACGCAGCCAUGGGCAGGAUGGAGCCGCACUGCGCCAUCUGUGCUCUCCUCAGGCCCUACUACAAGCCAGAUAGCAGCAAUGAAGAAAAUGAUUCUAGAUGGGAGACAAAAUUAGACGAAGCAGUUACUUCAGGUGGAAAGACUAAGCCCCUCAUUCCAGAGAUGUGUUUUAUUUAUAGUGAAGAAAAUAUAGAAUAUUCUCCACCUAAUGCCUUCCUGGAAGAGGAUGGAACAAGUCUUCUGAUUUCCUGUGCAAAGUGCUGCGUACGGGUUCAUGCAAGUUGUUAUGGUAUCCCUUCUCAUGAGAUCUGUGAUGGAUGGCUUUGUGCCCGGUGUAAAAGAAAUGCAUGGACAGCAGAGUGCUGUCUCUGCAAUUUGAGAGGGGGUGCUCUUAAGGAAACUAAGAACAAUAAGUGGGCCCAUGUCAUGUGCGCCGUUGCUGUCCCAGAAGUCCGAUUCACUAAUGUCCCAGAAAGGACGCAGAUAGAUGUAGGCAGAAUACCUUUACAGAGGUUAAAAUUGAAAUGCAUGUUCUGCAGACACCGGGUUAAGAAGGUCUCUGGAGCCUGCAUCCAGUGUUCCUAUGGUCGCUGCCCCGCCUCCUUCCACGUCACGUGUGCUCACGCUGCCGGGGUGCUGAUGGAGCCUGACGAUUGGCCAUAUGUGGUGAACAUCACGUGCUUUCGACAUAAGGUCAACCCACACGUGAAGUCCAAGGCUGAGGAGAAGGGCAUCUCUGUGGGCCAGACGGUCAUCACGAAGCACCGGAACACGCGGUACUACAGCUGCAGGGUGACCGCUGUGACAUCGCAGACCUUCUACGAGGUCGUGUUUGAUGACGGCUCCUUCAGCAGGGACACGUUCCCCGAGGAUAUUGUGAGCCGAGACUGUGUGAAGCUAGGCCCUCCAGCCGAGGGAGAAGUCGUUCAAGUCAAGUGGCCCGAUGGCAAACUCUACGGAGCAAAAUAUCUUGGGUCAAAUGUUGCCCACAUGUACCAGGUUGAAUUUGAAGAUGGAUCCCAGAUAGCAAUGAAGAGAGAGGAUAUCUACACUCUAGAUGAAGAGUUACCCAAGAGAGUGAAAGCGCGUUUUUCCACAGCCUCUGACAUGCGAUUUGAAGACACAUUUUAUGGAGCAGACAUCAUCCAAGGGGAGAAAAAGAGGCAGAGAGUGCUGAGCUCCAGGUUUAAGAACGAAUAUGUGGAUGACCCCGUCUACCGCACGUUUCUGAAGAGCUCUUUCCAGAAGAAGUGUCAGAAGAGACAGUAGUCUACUUACACUGCUGCAGGUGACAGAACAACUGGGCCAGAAGUGGGGCGGUGAAGGGACAGCCUGGGCUGUGCCACGUGUUUCCUGGGGCAGGUGACAGGCUGUGUCUCUGACAGUGGAAAAUUAGCCUCCCAGGACUAGUCACCAAAACCACAAAAUACACAUUAUUAAUUGGAUACCACAAUCUGAGGUUGUCUCCUAGUCUCGCUUUCACUUGUGAGCAGCUGUCUAUGAUCCCAAAGAAUUUUUCUAAGUGGAAGGAAAUAAUAGUGAAUCACCCACCACAAAAAGCCACUGCCAGAGGAGGUGGGUCCCCACGUGUGGCUCAGGCCCCUAGUCGGGAAACACAUGGAGGCCUCUCUCCUCCACCGUAGCAGGUGGGAGCCUCCAUUCCCAGGUGGGAGGGUGAUAAUUUAUAUAUUUUCCACAGUCAGGGAAGGACUCUCACUUAUUUGUUUUAAAUGGCAGUUUUUAUAAAACAUUUUUAAAACACGAAUGGCAUGUAUGGUAAUGAGAUUUACCCGUGUGCUAUCUGUAUUUCCCUUGUACAGAACUUUUACAUUUUUUUAUAUUCCUUUUACUUUUGAUUGUGUCUGAUGAGAAUUGAGUUGUUGGCUCUUGAGAAAGAAUUCUUAUGAAUUGUAUGGGAAUUUUAUAUAUUUAAAGAGGGAGAUCUGGGGCUGUUAUUUUUAAACACUUUUUUUCCAUAAUACUUAUUCUGAGUAGAUAUUUAUAAAAUAUAUGUUUCUUUCAUUAUGUGUUUGUAAAAUUAGUUUAAAAUAAAUAUGCUUUGAUGCAUAGUUUUGAAGUAAUAUGAUUUUUCCUUUUUAAAACAGCUUGAAAAUGUACUAGUGUUUAAAAAUAAAGAU